CAUGCCUGGCUACUGCGUGCAGGGAACUGUAGGCCACAAGAUCCUGAGUGGGCAGCGCAAGCUGGAGAUGGAAGGAAGGCAAAUACUGGAAGUGAAGAUGCAGGUGGAGUACAUGUCCUUCAGUGCACACGCCGAUGCCAAGGGGAUCAUGCAGCUGAUUCGCCAGGCUGAGCCUCGGAAUGUUCUCCUGGUCCACGGGGAAGCAAAGAAGAUGGAGUUUCUGAAGCAGAAAAUAGAACAGGAAUUUCAUGUCAGCUGCUACAUGCCUGCCAACGGAGAGACCACGACGAUAUUUACCAAUCCCAGCAUUCCUGUGGAUAUAUCCCUGGGCCUCCUGAAGAGAGAAACAGCAAUAGGUCUCUUACCAGAUGUCAAGAAGCCAAAGCUCAUGCAUGGCACGUUAAUGAUGAAGGAUAACAGCUUCCGCCUGCUUUCCCCCGAGCAGGCUCUGAAGGAGCUGGGCCUGGCAGAACAUCAGCUGCGUUUCACCUGCCGCGUCCACAUCCAGGACCCGCGGAAGGAGCACGAGACGGUGCUUCGUGUGUACAACCACCUCAAAGGUGUCCUGAAAGAUUAUUCAGUGCAGCAUCUCCCUGAUGGGUCUAUAACAGUGGAGUCCAUUCUUAUCCAAGCCACGGCACACUCGGAGGAUCAAGGAACCAAAGUUCUGCUUGUAUCCUGGACCUACCAGGAUGAGGAGCUGGGCAGCUAUCUCACUUCCCUUCUGAAGAAAGGACUCCCCCAGAGCACAGCGUGAGCCCCCCCCAGAGCCCCACUCUCAGGGGUGCUUCAGAGAGAGACAGAUUUAUUUUGGUUACACU